AUGGUUCUCUUCGACGAAGAUCCCGUCACUCUCAUCCGCCAAACAACCCGCAACUUCCACACAGACAGCGAUCUUCAAUCCAUCUCACGUAUCCACUCCUCCCUCUCUACCCUCCGCAGCGCCCGCUCUCUACGUCUAAACGCCCAACACACCCAACUAGCCCAACUCUCACGAAAAGCCCAACACCUGCGCGCAACCCACGAAUCCGAGGUUUCACGACAUGAUCCUGCCGCCCACGCCUCUGAUAUCCUAGCACUGGACACUGAAAAAUUCAGAGUCGCCAAAGCUGCAAACGAGCUGGAGAUUGAAGGCGAGAGAUUGGGCUCUGAGGUUCACAUGCUCAAGAAACAGUUGCAGAGGUUGGAGGAACAGGGUGAUGAGGUUGAGAGUGCUGAGAACAAGGCUGAGGAUGAGGUCGUAUUGAAACUCGGUGUCUACCGCAGCUUGGGCAUCGACGCAGAGCAAGACCACAACACUGGCGAGUUCUCCCGUGCCGUUAUUAGAAAUACCGCAAAGGGAAGCGUCAACGUGGUCAACCUGGAUCCAAAGUUCGAUCGCUUCUUCUAUGCAAACCACUUCUGGAACAGCAUGUAA